AUGUAUUUCCUGGCAUUAUUUUUACUUUCUUAUUUUGCAUCAGGAGCUGUAAUAGGAAUUGAUUUCGGGACUGAACUAAUCAAGGUAAAUCUUAUUUAGACUUCAAUAAUUCAGCCUGGCCGAAAACUUGGUGCCAUUGAAAGCCCUCAAUCAAAAAGAAUGAUCCACAACAUUGUUGCUUUACAAGGCGAGCAUCAUCUCUUAGGUGAAGAAGCCACAAAUUACAUGCAAAAAGAUCCUCAAUCUGCUUUAAUUUUCACAACUAGAGCCCUUGGCAAAGCUUUUAACGAUACUGAUCUUCAAAAAAGAUUUCUCAAUGAAUUUAUACGAGUUUACAAUUAAUAGCCCACUAAAUCAGACAAAAAUUAGCUGCCUGCCAACUAUUUUUAAACUUUAUUUAGCAAAUUUUAAUUUGACUAGCCGAAAAAUGCUCCUUAUUAGGCUAUUCUCCGUAAAAAAAUUUAUAUCCCGCUUGAAGUUUCUGAAGACUCCUCAAGAUUUUCAAUUGAAUUUAAAAUAAAAAAUGAGAAAUUCUCAGUAGAAGAAACAGCUGCAAUGGUGCUAGAAUUUAUUAGAAAACUUGCAGAUAAAACUUCAGGGGACUCUGCAAGGGAUUGCGUUAUUACAGUGCCGAAUUUUUGGACUGUUCCACAGAGAAGAAGCCUAUUAGUUGCUGCUGAAGCUGCAAAAUUAAACGUGAUGAGCUUGAUUAGUGAUAACACUGGGGCUGCUUUAUAUUAUGGAAUUGAUAGAUUUGAUAAUAAAACAGACCAUAAAAUCCUUAUUUAUAACUUGGGGGCAUCAUAUCUCCAAGUUUCAAUUGUAAGGUACUUCGCUGCACUCAAAAAAGCAAGUAAACUGUCAGCAAAACAAGUAGAAACUAUCGAAAUUCUUGCAAAUACAUGGGAUUCUGAAUUCGGAGGAAGGACUAUAGAUGCAGAGAUCGCUGAAUAUCUCAAUGAAAAAUUCAUAGCAAGCGGGGGUUCUGAUGUAAAAGACAACGUAAAAGCAAUGUCUAAGCUUUUGCAUGCAGCCAAUCAAGCCAAAAAAACUUUAAGUGCAAGCAAAACCUCAUAUGUCAAUGUCCCUAAUAUUAUCCCUGGGCAUGAUUUUACAUUCACAUUAGAAAGAGAAAUUAUAGAAAAUAUUGUAGAAAAGCACACAGAAAGAUUAAUAAAACCAAUACAAAAUGCCCUGGAUACUGCUAAAUUGACAAUAGACGAUAUCAAUUUUAUAGAAAUUCUGGGCGGCCCUAUAAGAAUUCCAAAAAUACAGGAAAUUAUUGAAAAGAAAUUUAAACAGCCACAAACACAUUUAAAUGGAGAUGAAUCAAUGGCACAAGGCGCGGCGAUUUAUGCUGCAAAUUUUUCGAGUGAAGUUAUGGUAAAACCACUUUGGCUGAUAGAAAAAACGUCUUUACCAAUUAAAGCUGUAUUUACCUCUCCAAGCAAUAAAGAAUUUAAUAAAGAAAAAAUUCUUUUUGAGUCUGGAAGUGUCCUAGGACAAACCAAAAAAAUUGGGUUUACUAUUGAAAAUGACGUAGAAUGUGUCUUUUCUUAUCAAAAAAAUAAUGAAUGGGUGCCUUUUUCACUUUAUUCUGUUACAGGAAAUCAAGAGAGGUAUGGUAAAGCUCCCCAAGUAAUUUUUGUUUUUAGCUUAGAUUAUAGUGGAAUUCCGAAGCUUGACAGCGCUGAAGCAAAAUAUGAAAUUGAGGUCGAAGUCGAAAUAAAAAAAUCAGUAAAUGAGACUGAGGCACAAAAAAAGCCAGAAAAUGAAACUGAGGCACAAAAAAUACCAGAAAACGAGACUGAGGCACAAAAAAAGCCAGAAAAUGAAACAGUUGCACAAACGGUGACUGAAAAAGUCAAAAAAAACAAAAUUAUUAAGCAAGAAUUAAAUAUUAAGCAAUUGGAAUUUGGAAACCCUCUGCCUCCUAAAAAAGAUCUUGCAAAAAUAAUCAAGGAAAAGCUAGAUGCAUACACAGUCGCUGAAGAAGAGAGAAAGCAGUUAGCCCACAACAGAAAUGAACUGGAGUCAUAUAUAUGCUAAUUAUAAAAGAAUAAUUAAUUUAUAAAAAUUAAAAAAAAAUUUAUUUUAGGCUUUAUAAACAGGCAUAUAUUUUAUUCAAGAAAAAUUAGAAGGCUCAGAAUUUUUAAGAGUAAUCAGUCCAGACGAUUUAUCAACCUUAAAGAUUCAAAUUAACGAAACCCUUCAUUGGCUUGAGUCUGGUGACUACAAAAAACAAGGCAGCUCAGGCUUAAUUAAAGAAAAAACAAAGCUUGAAAAAAUGACAGCCAAAUUCCUUGACAGAGAAACAGAAUUAAUGUCAAGAGAAGACAAAAUAUUAGACGGCUAUUUAAAAUUGCAAGAACUUUACAGAGAAAUGUCCUAUUUAAACAAAACCAAAACAUGGAUUCCGUUACCUGAAAAAGAAAAAGUUUUCAUGGUAAUUAAUGAAACUAUUGAAUGGCUUGACCAAAAGGUUGAGGAGCAGAAAAAUACCCCAGAAUGGGAAGAGCCAGUAUUAAAAAUUGCAGUUUUGGAGUCAAAAGUCAAAGGUGUUGAAAAAAGAGUAGAAAUCAUAAAAAAAACAGGAAGGCCAAGACAAGAAUAUAAGGAGCAAAAUGAUAAAAAAACAGAGGAAAAUCAGCAACCAAGUGAAGCUGCACAAGAAAAAGCUCCAGAAGAAGCCAAAAAAUCUGAUGAGGAAGCCAAUAGCCAGGCUGAUGCUAAAACUGGUGAAACAUCCCAGCCAGCUGAAGACAGCCAAAAAGAGCCUAAAACAGACCUUUAG